GCUUCUCCCUACGGCUUUGGUGAUAUGGUGGAAUGCCUAUCCCGGCAGCCACAGUUCGGUGAUGGCGGACGAGUGUUUUUUUAUCAUCGUUGAGAGCUUGUUCGGUUGUGAUUUGCCGCUCUUGAAAUUCGAUUUCGGUGAAAAAACCGUGCAUUUCGGUCCGAUUGCUGUAGCUGUAUUUGCGCCGGCUCGCGUAUCUCGCCAAUGUUUGCAAGCCCGGGUCGCGCCAGUUUAGGAAACAAAUUUUCCCCGUCUAGGCGGUUUCGGCGACGCGUUAGCCAAUGCUUAUUAACGCUCGACCUGUAUUCUAAUCAGAAUUGGCGCCGAUUCUGGAUGUCCGCAAUUGAUUUCCUAGAACCUUGUCUUAACUUUUUUCCUAUAAAUGCUUCGGGCGAUACUUUUUCUAACGAGCUGCAGCUUGUACAGUGCCGUCUUAACGCGGUGUUUGCCCCCUCUGUAUCGCUUUGUUAUUACAUUGCUCGAUUGCUUUCUUUCGGACACUUAUUAUUGCGUACCGUUGCUGUUUAUUCCUUAUAGAUCUUGAGUUAUGUCUUGCUUACACGCUUUACUUUCUUUUGUUUUCUUUGUAGAACCGAGCCACUUUUUUAUUAGCCAUGGAUAAAAAGCGGAAGGGCCGGCCCCCCAAGGCCAUUGCUGCUGCAAAGGCCAAAGCUGUGAGCACCACUCCUGCAAAGGCAGCGACUCCUGUUAAACGAGGCCGGGGAAGGCCGCCUGGAUCGGGCAAGAAGAAGUUGGCAACAGAGGGCAGUGCUAAGAAAUCCUCGCCCGCGUUGCCGGUUGCUGCCGCCACUCCCCAGAAGAAUGGCACUGGCGGUCCCGAGUGUGACCGCUGUUUACGGACAUUCUCCACCGAGCGAGGUCUCAAGGUGCACCAGCGCUGGCCCUGCAAGCUGGAUGCUGCCAAAGACGAUGAUGACGAUGCAUCAGGCGGACUUCCAUUGGAUGAUGUUAUGGACUCUGAUUCUGACUCCGACAUGCCGCUGGGUAAAGUGGCAAGCGGCAGAAGGAUCCAGGUCAAGGCUGAUCUCGAGGACGAAGUCGAGAGCAGUCCGGACCACCCCAAGGGCAGGCUCGCCAGCAGGCUCGCCAGCAAGCUGGCAUCGGGCAACAAGCCGCAGCUCAUCUGCCAGCGCUGUGGGCUCAGCUACGACCCCAAGCGGGACGGUCCACGCUGCAAGCACUGCACACGCGACAACGAGCACAGUGACGAGAGCGGCGACGAGGACGACAAGGAAGGGGAAAAUGAAGAGUCUGCUCAAGUCAACGGUGGCUCCCCUGAGAAGGAAAAUGAAGCAGAAGUGGGCGAGGACGGCCCAGUGAAGAACAUCCAAGCAGUAACAGACGUCAUCAAGGCUGCCAAAGCCGAACAGCGUCUGCAGCAGCUGAAGCGUCGAAAGCGGGGGUCGCCUCCGGAUGACACCAUUGAAAAGGACCUGGACUGCCCUGUCUGCGGCAAGCAAUUCACCAAAAAGUACUACUUGCAGCGCCACCUCCAAAUGACCGUCUGCUCGGGCAAGCCUCCGCCCUCUCACCCCUGCGAAGUGUGCGGAAAGGUCUACUCCCGCAAGGAUAACCUUCGGGAGCACCUGCGGGCACAUGCCGGUGAGGUGACACGGCGGAAGAAGUACAAGUGCGACCACUGCGGCAAGACCUUCCAUGGCAUCUCGCUGCUCAAGAUCCACAUCCGCGUGCACACCGGCGAGCGGCCGUUCCCCUGCGACUUCUGCAACAAGGGUUUCCCGUCGGUCACGGCGCUCAACAAGCACCGGCGCAUCCACACGGGAGAGAAGCCGUAUGCCUGUGCCGAGUGCGGCAUGCGAUUUUCACUCAAGGGGACGCUCAACCGCCACACGCGUAUCCACACGGGAAUCCGACCGCACAAGUGUCCAUACUGCGGCAAGGAGUUCAUCCAGGGAGGCGGACUCAAGGCACACCUGUUCCAUCACACGGGCAUGAACGGCUUCAAGUGCACCGUCUGUGACAAGGUUUUCAACCGCAAGGCCCGGCUAGACCUGCACAUGAAGUACCUGCACCUAAAGGAAAAGCCGCACGUCUGCGAGGACUGUGGCAAGGGAUUCACGCGGCGUGAGGACCUGAACCGUCAUUCGGUCCUGCACACGGGCGAGAAGCCAUUCCAGUGCCCAACGUGCCACAAGCGCUUUGCCAUCAAGCCCUCGCUCAAGAUCCACAUGGUGACCCACACCAAGGAAGAGCCCCGGUCGUGCCACGAGUGCGGCCGCGCCUUCAUUCGCAAGGAUUGCCUCAUGCGACACAUGCGCAAGCGCCACCGCGACCUGCUCGACCGCAUCCUGCUCGACGAGGAGGACGACCGCUUCGCCCCGACCCCCGUCGCCACUCCGGGAGGCACGGCCAACACGGAUAGCGGCAUCAAGCUGGGUGCCCAGGCAGGCACUGUGGCCCGGAUCCUGUCGGAACAGGCUCUUUGCGAGAGCAUCCGCGAGCUGCUGGGCCUGCUCGUUGAUGAGCCAACGCUGAAGGGCUUUGGGUACCCGGACAAGCCCGUGGACGAACUACUCGAAGCGGUCAUCCGUCGCUGCGGCCACAGCCCGGCCAGUCCUGACGACUACAACUACAUGGACCGGCUGCGUGAGAACUCCAAGCUGCUCUUCACAGUGGUCAUUGACGACAAUGCUGUCAAGACUCUGCUCAAUAACCAGACUGUCGACGAGGUCAUUCUACACGUGUUGCGUCUCGCAAAGUCCUAGCUUCUCAUUGUCGUCCUUCCCCCAUCUCGUUUCGACUAACUGAGGGUGCACAGAAGCAAACGAAUUGUCUUCUAAUUGUAAUUGGGUGGCACUCGCAUGGGUUGUCUGGGCUGAGCUUGUUUGAUUUCCACGUGCUGUCAUAACGAAAGGGACCACAAUAUGUUAGUGCUGUGCAACUUUAACUAGUUAGCUGACUCCUACUGCAGACAGUAGCAGUCAGUUAAGUACGCCCUUGGUAUUGAAAGCCCUUGGAACUUGGAAAAGCAUAAUGUCAGCGGUCUUGUUACACAUGGUGCAAACACGUUUCAUGGUUGCAAAGAUUUUCAAGGGACACUUGUAGCUAAACAGAACAGCUUUUCCUGCUUUCACAUAAAUACGCAUGACCAGUGUUGUUAGUCCUGCAUACUGCAUUCGCUCUAGUCGUAAACACAUCUUAUGCCUGUUUAUUAGCUCAGUAAAUGACAAUAGUUUUUGGAGCAAAAGAAAGAAAGAAAGACAGAUAAAGAACAGGAGCAAUGCCUGGAAGCAGGUUGGGCCUUGCAUUAGCUGUUUUUGUUUUUUUUUUUUUUUUUUUUUUCCUGGACAGUAUAGUGGCAGUUUCUGGCUGCUCGCAUAACUAACUUGGUGAGUGCCCAUAAGGUCGUGAAGUCACAAGAAAGCCGUCGGCAGAAGGUAAACGUUGAUGUCAAGUUGAACAGAAAGCUCAUAGCACACACUACGAUGCCACAAAGCGCAUUUGCUUCUUUGCACCCUCACUUAACCUCUCCUGUGCUUUGCACACCGUGUACUCUUUGUCUUCACUCUGUAUCAUUCUUUUGUACUGCAUUGCACAAUGCCCAUGCUUAGCUGGGCAUGAACAGAGCAGCAGGCAGUUGGAAAUGUGCUGGGUUUUGUCGUGAGUCCUGUAGGUGCGUCUGUGUAUUCUAGGGGGAGGGAGAGUCUGGUCUACCAACAUGAAGAUUGUCACGAUCAUGGGCACGCACAAUCUACACCGGCCUGGUAGCCCAAAUCGUACGAAAAAAAACUGCUUUCUCUCCCAUUUGAUGUUUUUGACUCUUGUGGCACAUUCCCAGACCUGUAGCAGAAGUUGUAGGAGAGGGUUACUGGCGAAAGCAAGGCGUCUCCAAGUCUAUCGGUUUUUUCGCCGCUUUGCAAGAGGAGCGCGAGUUACAUGAUGCACUCUGUGUGUUUUAAGUGUUUGUAGCAGUUUUGUUGUAAGGCAACUUUUGCACAACAUUAAGUGUGAGAACAUCGGCCCACAUAGUAUGAGGGCUCUAUGUGAUGGUUUCUUUGUCGGCAGUGUAGGGAAAGCCCGACUUGACAGGUAAUGUGAUGUGCCAGUUAUUGAGACAUGGAAUAUUAAUGCAAGAAGAAAGUGCUAGAUGUGCCCAUGUUAGUGAAAUUAAGAUGCCCAAACUUGUGCCUUACCGUUACGGUGCUUCAGUGUUUGUCAUGUUUUUCCUCAUUCAGACUUUUUUUUUUUUCACAUGCGAGGUAGUGAAAGUUGUAAAAGGAAGUCAUUCAUUGUGUUUCCAUGCCACAAUUGUAGUAGAGUGCAUUUUAGCGUUCCUUCCUAAAGACAGGAAGGGGGAGGGGGUGCAGUGCAUAGCACUUGUCUUUCCUUGAAGUCGUGAGAUUAACGGCAUCUUUUCCUUUUGGUAAUGACUAACAUUGAAACUGGAGUAGGGUCACAGCUAGUAGUGGAAGCUAAUAAAAAUUUGGAGAUUUAAGAUUGCUGGUAAUGUUCUAGACAGCUUUUGUCCUUGAUGACUACAAGCAUAUCACUUACUCUUCGCUUUCAGUCUAGCCAAAUGUCACGUGCUCAAGGAAAAGCAGGCCUGCUUAUUUCUGGGGCAAAGCACUGCUUGAAGACUGGAAGCUGAGCAUUGCACAGCCAUGACUCAGAGCAGCGAACAAGUAAACCUAAGGGAACCAAUUGUCAACUACUACUAGUGCGAAAAAAAUUUACAUAAAACAAGCAAAAUUUUUGUAUUAUGUAUGCUACCAAUUUCUGGUUUAAAGUGUAGUUGUUUAAUGAAGUCUUACAAUAGCUUCAGUAAUUUACUAAUUUAGCUUUGCACAAGGCCUGCUCUUCAUAUUGGAGGUUAGUGCAAAAAGAACAUAGAAACCUGCAAAGGCCAGUAUUUGACCCUAAGUAGCUUUAACAUUCUUUUUUCAACUUUGAAGGGGAAAAGUAGCCGGUGCUACACCUACCACAUACAUCUGCUGAUAAAAUAUUCACCUGCAGGUUCUCAUGCGAAGUUUAAGUUGCUGUGCGCACUUGAAUACUAAUGAAGUCUUGCACACAAGGAGCAGUGUUUACUCCUAUAUGAAGUUCAAGAUUAAAGUUACUUGUUAGAUUGUAUUUCGAAAUUCUUGAGGCUUUCACUGUUUUAUCGCACUCUUAUGAUUGGUGCAGCAGCAGCCAUUAUUGCCUUUGCAUCUCAUGCCUGUCAUACAGUAUGAUACACUUAUAGUUUAAGAAGUGAGCCACAAAAACUAAUAUUUCUGAAUUAUCUAAGAAAUGUGGCUGGUGUGACAUUAGAAAGUUGUAUAUGUGUAAAAAUGUAAUGCACAGGCCUUCGUGUCAGAUACCAGCUCUGGUUAGUUGCGCAAUUUUGUCUAGGUGGUCUGCUUAAAGGGCCCCUCACCAGGCCCCAUAUCAAAUUCUUGUUAUAUGCUGGAAAUUAUUACGUGUCCUCUAGGGAGCGUUCUGCCGAAAAAAUUUUUCACAUCGGCUCAUUAAUAGCCAAGAUAGAAAUAUUUCAGUGCCGCGAAACCAUGAUUUCAGCAGGCAGGCUUCACUGCCAAGCAAGACACUCUCUCCACUCGCCCCGUCUAGCCUUCCCUGCAUUCUCCCAUACCGGACCUCGAGGAUCGCGUCUUCAGGCCCCGCCUUCAAUUUUUCUCCUCACUUUUUUCCCUCAGCUACACAUUUCUGCUACAUUCUGCUACAUUCUGCUACACACGAAUACUGAGGCAGAACAAGCGGAUCGCAGAGCAUGAUCAAGCACUGGAACACGGUAGAAAAUAGCAUAGUUUCAGUACCUGUAUGUGUGACCGCACGACCAUGGGAACAAGCAGACGAAGCAGAAGCACAGCUCUCGCUUCUGUGUGAAGUAAAACAAAAAACUCGCAGACAUUCUGUUUGCGUGUUUUAUUAUUUCUCUAAACUUCAAUUCGUCAAUUCAAGCAACAGAUCGCACAGAUAACACAUGUUGUCUUCAAUAAUUCUCGAAUCACGUGUCGCCACAAGUGACAUCACACUGCAGACAUGAUUAUGUAGGCGCAUGGACACGAUUACGUCACUGUCCGGCUUGGAGUGUGGCGGCAGCGAGUGAAGAGGGAAACAGCAUUUGGAUUGAAAUUUCAGACGUAGCAAUGUAAUACUGUGCAGGCACGAUUGUUGUCAUGCAAUGUACGCUAUGCCCUUGUCAGCACAAUAUGGCCAGACCUGGUGAGGGGCCCUUUAAGAGGACAAUACUGUAAGACGAUUUGGCUCAGAGCGGUGGCCAAACUUUCACAGCCUGUGUUCUGUGAUUGCUGACAGCAAACAGAGUAUGAAAUAGAAAAGUUGUCAGCAGCUCCUAGCAGGUCAAGCACUAAAACAAGUGCUGUAGGUUUUGGCUCAUAUCCUAAUUGUUGAGACUUCUGUAACAUGCAUACAUUGUUUUACAGUGUUGAAAUGACAUGUGGUUAUCACCUAAUCACUGAUAAGUGUGGAGUGGUGCUUCACAGCUAACAUCCUCUGCUGAAAAUAACCACUGCAGACUGGGAGCACUGUUCACACGAGAGUUUUCUUGAGCAGAUUAACAAUAUGAAUAUUGAUUUCAGGGCGAGGAAAAGUAGAUACUUGCUUUGUACCAUUCGAGCAGCACAUUUCUGUUGUAUCCAUAUUGCUAAUUUUUAGUUUUUUCAUUUUUCCCAUUACUGCCUCGUGUUUUUAUCAGCUUCUGCAAGGCAGUCGACAGUACCUUUCACCUGAUGCGACAAACUUGUGAUUAGCAGUUAGUUGUGUUGAUCAUUGUUAAAGAUUUUAUAUACAUUACAUUGUUGUCGGGCAGCACGAGAUGCGCAUCGGUAUUUUAAGCUGAAAAAAAAAUUUUACGAUGGCUUUUGCCCAUCUUGUACAGUCAACCCCUAGAUGGCUCCAACUGACACUGUCCAUCAGUCUUUACGUAACGGAAUAUCAGUGGGUCACUUCAGGGGAUGCAUCAGCCUCUGCAUUUGUCCAAUGUUGCCACACGUAGCCUUAUAUAAAGCAUCAUACAAAAGCGUUAAGAAGUCAGACCGUGCCUUAUUUUCUGUCUGCAGUGUAAGAGGAAGCUUCAGCUCAGGUUCGACUAUGACUUUCACGCUGAAUUGCGAGAGAAAUGAAAUAAAUACAUUCAUUGGGAAAUGAUGUCUAAUUGCAGUGACUAUAUAUGUGUGCAGAAUGCCACAACAAUUUGGGACAUUUUAGUUUUGAAUGAAACAGCAGGUUUUUAAAGUUCUGUAACCGCGAUACAUGCUGGUACCCCAGCUCUGUAAACAGCAGCUGAUGGUGCUUAGAGCAGAUUACAUCAUUUUACACUACUUUGUACAUGCACUUGUGUCUGUCAAUAAGUAUUUCCGGGAAAACUUUGAAUUAUGGGAUAUGGUGAAGUCUAAAGCCAUGCAGAAUGUGUUAGCUGCCCGAUGUUGAUGCUGUAGCAGGUACGGUAUGGAAAAUUGCUAUAUGCAUUGUUGUGAGGCCACACAGUUGUGGACUCGGCAUUUCAGGUCCUCAUCCAUUAAAUAAUCAAUGGUGCGAAUAACAGUUCGGCUCUAACCAGUCACUGGAGCUUAAGUUCCUCAAUCGUAUGCGACACGAGUUCAUUAUUGAGACCAUUUAAGGGUUCACAUACUUUCUGGGUUUCCUAUUGAAUCCAGCAGAAACUUGUUAAAUGGCACCUCCAGGUACCGAAGAGACAUGUUCCGCUAAACGCGAGUUCCGUUUACCGAGAUAGAUCUGAAGCCCUCUUAAUGCUGUUGUCAGAAACGUCGAGUAUUAGAAGCGAAUGUAGCAGCUAGCUAAAAAAAAAUUGGAAAAUGACAAGAUGUAUGGCAUUCAACAUUUUAUGCUGCCACAUUUUAAGAGUAACUUUCUUCACAGAAGACAGACGUUGCAAAAACAUUUCAGAUCCUGGUUCUCCUUGGAAAAAAAGUCGUUUAGAUACUGAUUCUGUGGUUCCGUUUAUAGGGAGUUGUAUACAUUUUGGUUCCUUAAGGAAAGUGUUUUUAAAUUGUUUAAAUAUGAAGCCAAUUAAUUAAGAGCAUGUUUCUCCAUUUAACCAGCAAUUCUGUGUAGGUAGUUUUCAUUUACCAAGAUUCUACCAUACUUGAAUGGUGAAAUUUGUAGUUUGGCUUGAUGCUUGGGGCUUCCUCAUAAACUGUUACUCAUGAGCAGCCUUGGGUGGUCAGUUUUCAUCUGUGUGUUGUUGCACUCGGGUCGGCCAACAACAGGCAAACGCCGGCAAAUUUUACAUUCCACCAUUAGCCCUUUAGGUGCCCUUUGAACGUUUUAGACAGCAACUGUUCUAACCUUCUGCCCCAAGCCGUCGUCUGAAUGGUACUAAUGCGCUCAGAAUGGAUCGUAGAACAUCUAUGAUGUUUCCCAGCAAGUUAGUUGGCUAUGCGUUCUUCAUUCUACCAAGACCUUAGAACAAGUGCCUUGCAAAUUGUUUCACAGUGCCCUUGUCUGCUUGUGCACACAGCUAGAUUCACGUCAUAACAAAGGAGAGAAGUAAGCCAUCAUUUUCCUUUGCAUUUUCAUGAUUUAAUUCUGCACUUUUUCUCUCUCUCUCUCACUUUCUUGUGGACUUGCUCACCGAGCGUUGCGAGCAGCUCUGCAUUGUCCGAUUAAAAGUUACGAUGUAUAUAGUUGAUCAGAAAUGGUGUCAAGAAGUCAUUUUGUGCCUUAUUACAAGAUAUGAUGAAUUUCGUGUGUCUGUUUUAAUACUGAUUUCCAAGCAGUAAUACUUGCACGAGCUUUUUCAUAUUUCAUUGUCUAUAUCGGUCCUGUCAUUGUGUGUGCUUCUCACAUUGCUUUUUCCUCUUUUUUUCCUACCCUUGUACCAGUUUUACAUUAAUUGCAAACAGGAGCAAUUUUUUUUUCUGUGCACAUCAUUCAUUUUUUGCUGUAUGGAAAUAUAUGAAGAGCAAAUUACUGUACCUGUCCUCGUGUGGCCCCUUGGUUUAACUGACACAUAAAAGGGGUGGAAGUA